AUGGAAUUACAACUAAUUAAAAUACAAAAUGGAUUAUGUGAUGGAGAAAUUUUGUUUCAUGAAUUUUUGCAUAAAACUCCACAAGAAAUCAAAAUGAUGGAGAAAGAAAGAGAAAGGCGUAAACAAUUAAAAGCUACAAGAAGAAAAGAACAAGAAAAAAAUGUUGAAAGAAAUAAAUUAGAAAAGGAAGCCCAUAGAUUAGCAACAAGUGGAUCAGCAGCUAAAGGAAAACAAAAAGAAACAUCAAAGGAUAAAAAUAAUUAUGAAGUAGUACCAAAAGAAUAUAGUGGUAAUUAUCAAGAUGUGGUUGUAUCCGCCGAUUAUCCGGUUAGUUGGGAAUAUCCCGCGUAA